UCCGGGCUUUCAAUUUCUAGACGUUGGGGUUGUGGCGGCGGCGGCGGCUACGCGAGUGGCGAGGAGAACGUGCCUUGUCUAACGCAAAUGGGUGAUGAAAAGGAAUCUUGGAAAGUGAAAACGUUAGAUGAAAUUCUUCAGGAGAAGAAACGUCGAAAGGAGCAAGAGGAGAAAGCAGAUAUAAAGCGCUUGAAAAAUUCUGAUGAUCGGGAUUCAAAACGUGAUUCCCUUGAAGAGGGAGAGCUGAGAGACCACCGCAUGGAAAUAACAAUCAGGAAUUCACCAUAUAGAAGGGAGGAUUCUAUGGAAGACAGAGGUGAGGAAGACGAUUCCCUGGCAAUCAAACCACCCCAGCAAAUGUCACGGAAGGAGAAAGCCCACCACAGAAAAGAUGAGAAGAGGAAAGAGAAGCGAAGGCAUCGCAGCCACUCGGCAGAAGGGAAGCAUGCUAGGGUGAAAGAGAAGGAACGCGAGCACGAACGUAGGAAAAGGCACCGAGAAGAGCAGGAUAAGGCCCGCCGUGAAUGGGAAAGGCAGAAAAGGAGGGAGAUGGCUAGGGAGCAUUCCAGGAGAGAGAGGGACCGCCUGGAGCAGCUUGAGCGAAAACGGGAACGAGAGAGGAAAAUGAGAGAGCAGCAGAAAGAACAGCGGGAGAUUAAAGAACGAGAAAGGCGAGCGGAGGAAAGGCGUAAAGAACGGGAAGCCAGACGGGAUAUUUCAGCACAUCACAGAAUGGUAAGAGAAGAAUAUGGUGAAAAAGGCCGUGUCUGGAGCCGCAGCCCUCUACGGCAGCAGAGAGAGAAGCUUGAACAAGGAGAGAUCCGGAAGCCAGUAAAAGAAGAAAAGCCAGAGGAGAGAGACCCCCUUUCAGAUCUGCAGGACAUCAGCGACAGCGAGAGAAAAACCAGUUCGGCAGAGACGACGUCAGGGGACUCGGGCUCUGGUUCGGAGGAGGAGGAGGAGGAAGAAGAGGAGGAAGAGGAGGAGUCAAGCAGCGAGGAAUCAGAAGAAGAGGAAGAGGAGGAGGAAGAAGAGGAAGAGGAGACGGGGAGCAAUUCUGAAGAAGUCUCUGAACAGUCAGCUGAAGAGGUGAGCGAAGAAGAAAUCAGCGAAGAGGAGGAGCGGGAGAACGGGGAUCACAUCCCAGUCGUUACAGAGUCGAGGUUUGAUCGAGACUCUGCAGGAAGUGAAGGCGAGGAGGAGGAGGUCGGCGAGGUCAGCCCGCAGUCCAAUGCCAUGACGGAAGGAGAGUACAUCCCCGAUUCUCCUGUAUCGUCGCCCGUGGAGCUGAAGCAAGAGCUGCCCAAGUACCUUCCUGCCCUUCAGGGCUGUCGUAGCGUGGAGGAGUUUCAGUGCUUGAACCGAAUAGAGGAAGGAACCUACGGCGUGGUGUACAGAGCAAAAGACAAAAAAACAGAUGAGAUUGUGGCACUGAAGCGGUUGAAAAUGGAAAAAGAGAAAGAAGGUUUCCCCAUAACGUCACUAAGGGAAAUCAACACCAUUCUGAAAGCCCAGCAUCCAAACAUCGUCACAGUCCGGGAAAUCGUUGUUGGCAGCAACAUGGACAAAAUCUAUAUUGUCAUGAAUUAUGUAGAGCAUGACCUAAAGAGCCUCAUGGAAACGAUGAAGCAGCCGUUCUUGCCAGGGGAAGUGAAGACGUUGAUGAUCCAGCUGUUACGGGGAGUCAAGCACCUUCAUGACAACUGGAUUCUGCACCGAGACUUGAAGACUUCUAACCUGCUGUUGAGCCAUGCUGGCAUCUUAAAAGUUGGAGACUUCGGCCUGGCCCGUGAAUAUGGGUCACCUCUGAAACCAUAUACGCCUGUAGUUGUGACGUUGUGGUACAGGGCGCCCGAGCUGCUGCUUGGAGCCAAGGAAUAUUCUACAGCUAUUGACAUGUGGUCUGUUGGUUGUAUAUUUGGAGAACUGCUAACCCAGAAGCCACUCUUUCCAGGAAAGUCAGAAAUAGACCAAAUUAACAAAGUAUUCAAGGACCUUGGAACCCCAAGUGAGAAAAUCUGGCCAGGGUACAAUGAGCUUCCGGCAGUCAAGAAGAUGACCUUCACCGAGUACCCGUACAACAAUCUCCGCAAGAGGUUUGGGGCGCUACUCUCUGACCAGGGAUUCGAUCUCAUGAACAAGUUCCUGACAUACUACCCAGGCAAAAGAAUCAACGCAGAAGAUGGUUUAAAGCACGAGUACUUCCGUGAGACCCCCUUGCCUAUUGACCCAUCCAUGUUUCCAACGUGGCCGGCCAAAAGCGAGCAGCAGCGAGUGAAACGCGGGACCAGUCCACGACCUCCCGAGGGGGGCUUAGGAUACAGCCAGUUGGGUGACGACGAUCUGAAGGACACAGGAUUCCACCUUACAACGACAAACCAAGGCGCCUCGGCGGCAGGGCCUGGCUUCAGUUUGAAGUUCUGAACAGGAGGCAAAGCGGUGCAAGGACAGAGGAAGAUAAAUUGGUGAAUGUUUCACCCUCUGCUGGCGUGGUUGGCAGGAGCUCUUGUUGCGUUCCUCCCAUUUGGAACCCGCUGCUUUAAUUUCUGCGGAACGUUGCCUGUGGUCGGAAGGCUCUUCCCAUGUCUGGAAUACAAUAGAGCGUUCCGUUUCGAGGAUUGGGAUUAAUCCGAAAGAGCCACGGACUUUUCUAGAGCAAAACAAAAAUCCUCCAGCACACUUGAAGUUUUUUCCCCCCUUUUAUUUUAAAAAAACUUUUUAUUUGGGUUGGUUGGUUUUGCUUGUAAAUUUGUAGAAUAAAAAAAGAACACUUUUUAAUUGUUUAAUGUCUGUGUAAAAGAUAUUCUUUUUUUCACAAGCAUCAUAUUUAGAAAAGGAUUGAUUAUUUGCACCAAGUUUUAAAUCCUCCUCCCCCCAAAUCUUAUUCAUGGUAAUGUGUUUUCUGUACCAAGGUUGCCUUUCUCAAUUUCAUUACUGGAAAUUGAAAUGUUGUGUCAAUGUAAGAGUUUGUUCUUAUUCACAAAGAAUUGGGCUUGACCACUUGUGAACAUCUCCUGUUUUAGAAAGGGUGGACUGUCUGGAACCCUCUUGCCUAAAAUUAUUUAUUACAGGUUGAGGCAAAGUCUCUCUUGACCGACUUCACCAUAUUUUAAAAGGUGGUAUGAUUUAACCAAAAAAGGGUGGUGACCUUUUUUCUACAUAUAUAUUUCCCCUUGGGAAAAGAUUUUGAUAAGUUUGUGAAAAGGGCUUAAUUUUUGCCUCUGAAGAAGAGGGGUGUUCCCCCUCCCCCAACCAGGUGUAUAGAUGGGCUGAUUUCACAGAAGAAAGUGGGGCUUUUAACUUCAAGAAAGUAGUUUCUAGUCCUCGUGGCUGCUUAAGAUGUUCUUGAAAUUGUGCGUUGUGCUUAGCAGACACCUAGUGCUGAAUAAGGUCAAGUUUUUGGAAUUUGAGGCAGGGCAUUUGGAGCUCAGUGUAGCUCCUUGCUCUUCUUUAGAACUAGCAAAAACAAACCGUGCAGAACGUAAUUUAUGCAGGUCUCGAACUUCAAAAGCAGCAUGUACUAAAACCCCACUAAUACUACAUCCAAGUAAUACUGGAUUGUUGUGUGGGAGUUUGUUUUUUUUUAAACCAUCCACAUGCGCUGGGUAUGUUACAUCUUGUUCCUCAUUUGGGCACGAGGUUCAAAUUUGCCGUACAACUUUAUUUUUGUGUGUGAAACUGCCCACUCUCUUUGACAAUGUGUAUGUUUGGGGGAGCAAGUUAAUGCCCCAACUGGUGAGCCUUGGUAGUGGAUGGGAGUUCCGUGACGGCCAAAGGCUGCAGUCAGAGCUGGUAUGAGAAUAUCAGCAGCAGCUAGAAUGCUGGUGCACAAGACAGAACUCCCCAAUUUGUUCAACAGUUGCAUCAGCAGUUGACAUUUUUUUCUUUUCAUAAGUAGCAAGAUGCUUUUCUAAAAAGAAAAAAAUCCUUUGCAGAAGAAAAAGGUGGUGAAUCUUGUACAAUUGUACAUUUGAGAAGAAAGACGUGACUUUUGUAUAUAAAAUAUUUUCCUUUAAAACUAUGUUUUACCACAGUGGGUAAAAGACUGAAGAUGUUCAACUUGUUUACUGCUAAGAUGUUGGACAGCAUCAUCUGUUUUUUUUUUGUGGCUGUGCAGAGUUUGGGGGACUGUAUUGAUAAAACUGUGGGAUCAUUUCAUAGAUUAAAAUCUUUUUUGGUCAAACUUCAGCUCUA